AUGAGCAACACUGGAGAGGAUGAUUAUAGGCAAAUAGCAGCAGAGAACGAACAAUCCGAAGCCCUUAUGAGUAUACUCUCGGGAUUUAGACUCGGUUCACAACGGGACCCAUUCAACUUGCCACAAAAUCGGAGUCCCUCGCCUAGAGGCUCUGCCUUUCCUUCUCCCAAUGCAUCAAACGGGAUGCGCAGCGGCUCACCGAGGCGCCAAGGUUUCCGACAUGUUGGAGGAAAUGGCUCGUUUGAAGUAUGGAUCGGUGGAGGUGGCUCGCCAUCGGGUGCGGACCCCCUCCCCCCAAUGCUCCCCCCUUUUCCAGGCUUUUUGAACAUGCAACCACCGAGGCCUCAUCGUGCGAUGGAGGACGAGAUAGAGACUCCCCUUGGUCCUGAAAUCCGAAGACGGCCGCCACCACCAGAGAUAGACGAUCCUAGAACAUUUUUGAUGCACUAUCUUAUGGGCCUACUAUCAGGAGAUCCAAUGAUGAUGUUUCACGGACAAGACGGACACUUUCAAGGAACCGGUGCUUUUGGUGAUUAUGUAUUCAGCCAAGAAGGCCUGGAUAGAAUCGUAUCUCAGCUCAUGGAAACCGCCUCUCAGAACAAACCCAAUCCCGCCACGGAAGAGGUGAUCAACUCUUUGAAGAAGACAGUACUCACUUAUGAUUGUGAAUUGGUCAAGUCUGGUCAAUCAUGUGCCAUUUGCACAGAGUACUUUGCGCCACCCGAUGUCGACGCUUCUUCUGGACCACCAAAGUCUGCACCAUCUCCAGAUGAAAACUCAGGACCAAGUUCUGGAGUCGCGCUGACGUUGCCUUGUGGUCACCCUUUCCACGACGACUGCAUUACGACGUGGUUGAAGACGAAUGGAACUUGCCCCGUCUGCCGCUAUGCACUGGUGGAACAACCCAACUCUGCAGCUGCAGGAACACAGAAUCAAGUUCCUGGUGCAGCCUCAACGUCGUCAAACCCCCCUGCACCAACUACUCCGCCUUUCAAUGCUCCUCGUCCACGACCGGAAAGGACUUCGACGGCACGCAGUGAUACUUCUACUGCGUCCUCACCACAGGCUCAAGCAGAUGCAGUAUUCAAUGCUACUGGAGGCCCACAUGGCCUGCUGGAAUCCCUGCUUGGAGCCUUCGGUCGGGGUAGAACACGAAACACUGGAGGAAGCCAAUCACCCAACCAAUCUGGAUCAGGAAACCCUACUCCUAGCGGCUCUGCAGCUGGUCAAGCUACAGGAGAUCGUUCACGCAAUAACGAUGUCCCACCCAUCUUCUUCAGAGACCGCCUGAAUGGCUCGAAUAGCGUGGGUGACAACCGACGACAAUCCAACAAUGACCACCGCAAUGGAAGUGGUACCCAAUCCCCUGGAGGUCGAGGAGGCGUUCACCCUGGAGGAUGGGACGACGUAGACUGA